UACCGACUUCGCGUGUCUGCAUUUUGCAACUCUCGUGGCUUUUGUCUCUAGGCAAUGGGAACUGACAAUCAAUAGCCUUCAAACAAUUCACUCAGCAAAGUGUAGCUAACCAGCCUGCCCGGUUGUUGGACUGGCAGCUGUCUAGCAGUCCAGAACGCUGCUAGAGAGUACAAACAAGACAACAUGGUUAAUCAAACGAAUGGACAACUUACAACCGAAAUAUGUUUACACUGACAAACUAGCAAAGACAAAGCUCUUUAUCUAAAAAUGGCAGCCACUGCACUUCUGCUCGUCUAUAUGGAGGCGGCAUUUCCCACCUGCUGGGCGAGAAACAGAAGCACUCAGCCUUUUCGAUAUCCUCCAGUUCCAACUUCCACUCCAACUUGAGCAGCUCAAAAGUGCAUCAUCACCACAGCACCUCAUCCGACAACAUGACUCCCGGGUUUCUGGACCCUUUGGCCGUAUUCCGCGACGAUCCACAAUCCCAGCAAUACAUCAGGUCCGUCAGGAAUUCGGUCGGUGCAGGGUACCUGCUCGUAGGGGAGCCGGCGACGACCGUCAUUGAAACCACGUUUGACCUCUCCUUGAAAAUCACAUACAAAUUGGGACACAGGCCGGGGUCCAACACGACACCAUCGGAUAUAGAAUCGGUGGAAAUGAUCCAGGCAUCUGGCGGAAGGACCUCGGGACAGCCGCUUCGGCAUUAUCGCAUUUUCUCGGAUUACCGGGCACUUUUCAUUUGGCGGCGUGCAAAUGACAUCGGAUCUGGCGAAGACAGCAAUCUCAAGCCGGAGCAGUUUCUCUCCAGGUACCCUCCCGCCGUACACGACCUCUAUGAUACGUGGGUGAGGACGUUCCUGCACUAUUUCACGGAGCGAUUCAACGAGAUGCACGAAUACCCAGCCAGCGUGUUUCCAACCGUGUUGGAGGAAAUAGCAUGGUGUGUGGCUGGGUAUCUGCUCGCCUGGCGUAUUGCGAUGGGUGAUGGAGUGGGGGGUGUCGAAUUCUCAGCAGGCGAUUCGACAUACUUGCUGGCGCCUGGGAGGGAGAAGAGGGCUACUCUCGAGUUCUUGACCGAUCAAGCUAGGCUAUUGUCGAGGGGGGAGUUUUCGGGAUGAGGCAGACUGUCUUAAUUGGAGAUGAUGCUUUUCUUUUCCUGUUGUCAUUGAUACUGUAGACAGAUGAGUGGUUAGUG